AUGUCUAAGGAUGAGGGAGAAUGGGAGGGACUGGAGGAUGAUGAGGGCGUAACGAGGAAGCGCGAGGCGCAGAGGGGAGCGCCCAGCCUUGUUUAUCGCGUGUUUGCUGCCCCGCGCGUGCCGUUCCCUCUCAUCGCGGCAGGCACCGUACUCAUGGCCAAGAAGAAGAACGUCGUCCAGGAGUCGUCCUCCGAGUCGGAGGAGCAGCAACAAUACAUCGUCGAGGUGAUCACCAAGGCGCGGGUAGACUCAGACGGUGAAUGGGAAUAUCAUGUCAAGUGGGCGAAUUACGAUUCGGAUAACAAUACCUGGGAACCAGCAGAGAACGUCGAGGCCUGCGACCGCCUUCUAAAGGGCUUCUGGCGCGAUGUUGGUUACGACAACGAAGACUAUCCUACAGGCCACACCGUCUAUGCCACGCCGACAUGGAUAACAAAGGAGAAGAAUUUCUUUGCCAAGCACUUCGGCUCUUCGAGGCCUAAACAAUCGGAUGUUAACCAGUCUUCUGAGUCAUCUGAAGACGACCAACCAAUACCUCAGCCUCCGCCUACACGACGUAAAGCAACAUCAAAGGCGUCCAGCAAGAAGAAAGAAGUUGUGGGGAAGAUGAAGCGGCCACGAUCUGAAACGCCGUCCUCCUCUACUUCGGCUAAGAAGGCAAAGGCAGUGAAGAAAUCGAAGGCAGCGACACGGCGACGACAAGAAGAGUCGGAUGACGACAGUCGACAUGAGAGUUCUGUUUCGGAUAAUGUCCCACUGACCAAAACGAAGAAGCCGAAGCCCCAAAAGCGGACCGUCGCUGAAUCAAGUAAGGGAAAGGAGAAAGCAAGUCCAUUGGCUGAAAACGAAGAGAGCGACCGGGCGGGCUCCCUCUUCUCGGGCUCUGAUGGUCGGUCAUCACCGGAUGUGUCGUUGGCCUCGAAAGACAAGCAAGGUUCCACCAAAGAUAUCUCUUCGAAAUCGACUACACCACAGGUAGUCCCUGCGAGGACGGCUCCGAAAGACCCUCCAAGAGGGGGUCCUUCCACAAGCAGCAAUGGCAAAUCAGUUCCUACCGGGAUACCGACCAAGAUGCGUCUGGCUGAGAGUGCCACGAGCCUGGUUGCAGCCAGACCAACUAUGCAGCGAUCCAAGAUAGCCAACCUUUCCUUCAAGAAGAACACGGCAACCUCAGGUAGCGCGGCGAACACACCUGUACAGGAGUCGUAUCCGUCUCCUACUGCUUUGUUCGCGCCGUCCCCUAGAUCUCCGGAAGGUAACAUACCCUCCCCUGCGCAUCAAUCUCCAGUACUGGAACAGAGACCUGCCUUUCCUUUACCGAGACGUGGGGUGCCCCCUCCAGCUCCAGUUGAGACAGUUCCUGAUGUCGAUCAAUUCCUCUCAACGGUUAUGCCAACCGAACUUGCGGCACCUAUGGACGAAACUGCCGCGGAGCCUCCAUUACGGGGGCCCGUUCCCACUGCAAGCAGUGCCUCAAAGCCACCUAUUGGAAGGAUUCCGAAGAAAUGGAAAUGGACGGGCGAGGUGUUCAUUGAGGUUGAAGAGGGGAGGGCACAGCGUAUCUGCAAUAUAGCGCUCUCCGACGCAACGGAGCCCCGUCCGAAUGGUCUACGCUUCAGUAUCUGCCUGGAUCCUGUGGACUCUGUCCGAUUGGGCAAGCUCUACGAGGUGGCAGACAUCUACAUGAUCUUGCGCAGUUGCACUCAGGUGCAGCAAUUUGCUAAGCUGGGACCCGGUAAAGACUCAGACGCAGAUGCUGUGACUGCUUUGGCGGCUCAUCUGAAGACAAAACGCUCAUUCACAUACGCACGUCUUAGUCUAGAUGGUGGCGAGGUCGCAUUGAUGCUCGUCUUCCCGUCGUCUAUCAACGAACUCUGUCGGCUGCUCAAGGUUCCCCCGCAAACACUCGUAGAUGCCCCCAUGAUCGCGGCCCUCCUACCUUGGGAACUGACCCGCCAAGAGUUCGACGAGGCGAAGUGGUUCAAAACGAGGUCCGAUGAUGCAUUGACAGCAUCCUUGGAUCCUGUGGUGGAUGCCGCGGCGCGCGAGAUGUUUUCCAAGAAUCCUGCUGUCCACCGAGCAUUGCGCAUUUUAAACGUCCCGCACCGUCUGUUCAAAUUCCUAUCCGCCUCUUCGCGUACCUACUGUAUCUGGUACUCGCCCGCAGAUGGUCAGGUCGGGGAGCUGGCGGGUAUGGAAACCGCCGCCUUGCGGACCUUGCUAGCGGCCUUCAAAGCUAACGAUAUGGGGUACAAGAAGGACGUGCGUAUCGUGUUCGUGCAUGUUGGCGCGUUGAAGACCAUAUACAAGCUGCAAGCGCUCGCAGAGCGGCGCAACAAGCGGUGCGAACUCCGGUUCUAUACGUACGGGACGCACGAGAGCGUACCCCCUGAGCGUUGGGGAAUACGUGAGAUCUAUCCACUAGGUGGUGUCGUGACAUUCACGCCGUCGGCCAUCCUAAGCAACAUUGUCGGGGUGUAUGAGCUCAUCAAGAAGAUAGACGAACAUCCGAUAUGGGAUUGCUAUAUCCUGCCGUCGGUCGUAGCGAUGCUCGCCAAGUCGACAUGUCAAGAUCAGAACCCACUGGCGUUGUUCGACAAAGGUGAUUUCUUCUUCAGCGACCUCCUCGGGAUGAUCGAAGAAGGGAAGAUCUCGCUGCUCCGCAUGCCUCCCUUGACACGCUGUCCGAAAGGCGGAGACGACCCCACAGCGAAGUGGAUCUCCUGGCAAACUGAGCUGCUCCGCGCGGACGCGCGAGGGCUGCUCGAGUCGUCCAUUGCACUGGCAGCGGAGCAGUACAGCAGCGUACAGGCGAAUGAGUUGCCCGACGCCAUCCAGAAGGAGAUCAUACGCGACUUGAUGGGCAUGCAGAUGCAACCUGCAAUCAUGGACACACGUCGGCGGUUCGUUGUUAUCAAGGGCAAGAGUGACAGGUAUCUUUCUGAAGAUAGGGAUGGGGUUGAAUGCACAACUGCCACGGCCUUCGACUUCAAGGACGACUUCUUCAAGGUUUAG